AUGGUGACGCUACAUACCACCUUCAACAUGGCCUUCAAAAUGGCCUUCAACAAGCCCCCCUCUCCACACAUCAUCCCCCCCACAGCCCCCCACACCCACACCAUAAUCUUCCUCCACGGCCGCGGCAGCACCGCCGCAACCUUCUGCUCCGAGCUCUUCGAAAGCGAAGACACUUCUGUGCGAAAGUUCACCGACAUCUUCCCCGGUAUAAAAUGGGUCUUCCCCGCCGCCCCAUCAACCUACGCAGUCGUCGACCGAGAAGUAAUCCCGCAAUGGUUCGACAUGACAUCCGUGCAACGGCCCCACCAAGACGCCGAUUCACAGAAAGAAGAGCUAUGGCAGAGCGUCGCGCAGAUUCUUGAGGUACUUGAGGAAGAGAUGAAGCCUGUGGGAUUGCGGAAUGUGAUUAUAGCGGGGAUGAGUCAGGGGUGUGCUACUGGUAUUUUUACUUUGGUCACUUCUGGUAUCCGUGUUGGAGGAUUCAUGGGACUGUGUGGGUGGUUGCCUCUAACAGAAGAGCUAUCUGAACUCAUGGGUGUGCCUGGACGGGAGCGGGGUGUGUUUGAGAUGCCGUUGCUUUUGCAGCAUUGCAAGGACGACGAGGUCGUACCCUGGAGGAAUGGGGAGAAGCUUAGGAAGAAACUGGAAGAGUGGGGUGGGGGAGUGGAGUGGAAGUGCUUUGAGGAGGGUGGCCAUUGGCUUAAUGAACCUGGAGGUAUGGAUGGGUUGGUGGAGUUUAUUCGGGCGGUUAUGAGGGCUUCGCCGAUUCCUAUACCUGUUAAAGAGGAGAAGAAAGAAGAGGCGAAGCCGAAAUUCCAAAGCAGGGAUUGGUAG